CUUCGCUUAUAAUAACUUUUAACAAACGCUGUGACCGAUAAUCACACUUGUAAUCAUAGAAACAACAAUAACGCAUUCAUUAACAUUCGAAUAAGGGUGAGGUAAGUGCGUGUAUAAAAUGGAUGUAUGUAUGUGUUAUGUUAUGCCAAAUUCUUAAAAUUUAUCAACAUUUGUGGGGGAAAAAGUACACAAAGUAUCUGAUUUUGAAAAUGCUUAAACAUUAAAAAAGUAAAAGCGAAUAAAGCAAAAGUAAAUAAAGAAAAGUAAAACGUAACACUUUAGAUCAGGGAACACUGUUCACUGUAACUAGCUGUUUAAUUAGCAUGCAUAUUACUAGGGUAUUGGCUGAUUAUAAAGUACAUAUUAAUGCCUUGUUUUGCAUGGCGAUAUUCUAGAUCCUUUAACACUACCCAAUAUCUAAACAUAACUACUAAAGCAACUACAUUACGAUCAAUAAGCAGAAAAUUAGGAGCUUACUGAGGGAAAAGUUUUACUUUAUAGUGAAUGUGUUCCCUAAUUUAACCUACUGUAAAUUCAACUCAUGCUCCUACUGUAAAGCCAAAGGUGAACUGUAGAACUGCUUUAUCAAUUAAAUUCUCUUUCUAAUUAUAUUUUAAAUGACCGAUUUCAGAUUUUGAAGAACUUUGCCACAAUGACGUUGUUUUUCCUGACGUUGUUUGUUACUAUAAAGAUGCUUUGAAUCAGUCUGUAUUUUAAAAAAUAUGGAAAUAAACCUGACUUGAUCUGAAAAUGUUUUAUAUAAUAAUAAAAAAUUGUAUGGGUUAUGAUGCUGAACUAGCCCCGAUGCUAACAUGGCCUUAAAAAUGAAUAAAUAAAACUUUACUUGAUCUGACUAUUAAAACCACAUUCAAUGUGCUGGAGAAGACAUAUUGCUGCUUUUGACAUCUGAUAACAACAGCAUUACAAAUAACUGCUGCCUAUAAGGAAUCAAAAUUAUUAGAAUUAGUCCUGCCUGAAAAAAUCCAAGCCAUGCAUACCACUGUGAAUUGUUUGCAUUUUUUUCCUUAACAGUACAAUAUGUGACUUAUUUUUUGUUCAGAAUUUUCAAAAUGUAUUUUUAUCUUAUCUUGUAUCGCUACAGUAUGCCUAUAAUAAGUGUAUAUAUUCAGACUUUUGUAGAGCUGUCGGUAAAGAAUAGCCCAGUACCUGCAUGACUCGUUAUAUCCAUAAACAGAGUGUGUUUUCACACCUAAUUCAUUUGAGCCCUCCUCACAAUCAUCUACAUUGCGAGUAAAUCACUCGCAUAUGUGACUGAAUCGUAACUCUGGGCGACUUAAUGAUGACUAAUAUUAGCCAAUGGCUAAUAAAUUCUCAGAUUUUACUCGCCAAUGUGUGAGUUGGAGGCUAAUUAUAAGUUUAGCACAGAUAUAUUUUCACUCUCCGAACUUUGACUGAGCGCUUCAGAGUUUCACUCUCAAAAUACCCAUCCUGGCAAGUAACUAUGUAGCUUUAACGAUUAUUAAUCUAUAUUUAAUUUAUACAGUGGAGUACAGAUGCACCGAUGGACUGGCUAUUUUUGCUUUAUUUCAGACUAUCUUCAGUUCCAUACAUUAUCAGUCACUUUCCAAAACAUCAUUUGUGUGGAAAUAUAAGGUUAUUAUUAUUAUAAUUAGUCUGUAAACGGCUGUUAACAGUGGCCAGAGAUGUUGAAAACAAACAAAAAAAGAAAAUACUGUAGCAGGCAGAAACAAGAUCGCUGUUCACAAUGCGUGAAAUAUAGGAAGAAAAUCCUAAUAUUGAAUUUUAUGUGAAUGUGUUUCUGAGGGGAAUUGGCUGUUUUCAGAAGGGGUGUUUUCUUUUCAUCUUGCCUCCUUAUAAUGCUUUUAAAUUAGUGUUAAUACACACAGCGCUGCUCUGUUUACAGCGGCAACCACAGAGCUGGCAGAGAGUGAAAUUGCUUCUCAUCCAGCCCACCUGCUGUUUCUGUGUCAUGCAUGCUUCAUUCAUGUUUUAUGUAGCAUAAUUUCACAAAACUAAAGUGAGGUCAUUUUGUUUUUGCUUCAGGUUUUUUAAUUAUACAGUUUUUUAUAAAUCAAACAUUGCACAGUUUUUUUUUUUUGGAUCAAUUCAUGAUUAAAAUGCAGUGGCUGCUUCUAAUUUCAAAUGACUAUGAAAAAUCAAGGUGCAACACAGAGUGAAGAAUAUGCAAAUGUUAUUUUAUAUGUGAUUUUUCAAUUUCUGUACCUGAACAUCUACAAACAAAAACCUAAAGCAUCAUUUCAUUUCUAUUUUUGCUCUAUAGGCCUAUAUGUAAUUGUGCUAUUACCUGUAAUUUGUUCCUUUGUUCUUAUUUACUGGCUGUCACUUGUCUUUAAUAAUGUUUAAACUUUAUAUUUAUGUUUAUUUUGGCUAGUGAUUUUUGCUGUGGUAUCGAAAUUAAAAUAGAGAAUUGUAAAAUUUAAUUGGUAUCUAAAAUAUUGGUGUCAUAUAAGCUUAUUUAUUAGAAAACAAGAUAACAGAUCAAAAACGAUGAUAACAGCAACAAUUUAUUUUUUGUGGCAUAACCAGUGAAUAAACAGUGAUUUUCAGUUUUUUUUUUUUUUAGGUAGGUCUAACAUUAGUUUUUAGGUGCAGAAAUUGUGACCUUUGAGAAAUAAAUUGGGCAGUAAGAGUUGUCUUCUGAGGUGAAGAGGUUCACCUCGGCCUUGCCAAAAAUCUCCCAGAUCUUCUGAACCGCCUGCGGAUAGAGCGUCCGCUUCCCUGAGGGAACACUGCUUCUUGAUAAAAUGUCUGCUCCUUGGUUCAAUUUGGUAUAUGUGCUGCUCUCAUCACUGCUCUCAUGAGGAGGAGAGGGUCCUGUGUGAUAUUAAUUCUGCCUUUGACUGGUCCAGAAGGAGCCAGUCAUUGAGGUAGUUGAGAAUGCAGAUUCCAAUCUGUCUGAGAGGGGAGAGAGCCGCAUCCAUGUACUUCGUAAAAGUGCAGGGGGCCAGAAAGUAUGCAUCCACAGGGCUCCAGACUUACAAGUUGUACAGUUGGUGACGCUGGGCCUUAAUUUGGUGGCACCAGUCAUGGGGUGGGGUGGGUAAAAAAAAAAAAAAAAAAAAACUGAAAAUAUUUUCAAACGUGUUUAAUGCAUUAAUGAACUUAUAAAUACAGCUAAGCGAGCCUCAGCGUGGGCAUGACCCAGACGAGAGGCGUGAUAAAAUACAUAGCUGUCAGCAAUAUUGAAUCAUUGGUGACAGCAUUCUGCUCAAAACCGCCCAGGAGCGGGGGAGGAUGGGCUCAAGCUGCCCACGUUUUGCUUUGAUCUGCCUUGGAGGAUACAGCUGCUCGAAUAAUGAGGUACACUGAUCCUGUAACACACACUGGCAGUUUAAGCACGCAUGAUGUGUGUCGAGGAUUGCUCAAGUCUGAUCGUUCAACCCACGAGCUCAUCGUUGCUUCCUCUGAGGUAACUGGGAGGAGAGAAACGUGAGCGCAGGGAGGCGGAGCUACCUUCCGCGAAUUUACAGGGGGGCAGACUGCUUUCGUGGUAAAAGCAGUCCAUGUCUGUAAGCGCAGCCAUAGUGACACACACACAAAAUUGGAGCUGCCAGCGGCAGCAUCUGCUCCAAUCUACUUAGGAGGAUAGAACUGCUCGAUGUAAAUAGGGGCAUUGAUCCUUACAUGUGAGACACUAGGCCUGGGCGAAAAAUCGAUUGAAUGAAUUAAUUUGAAUUUUUUGUUGCGGGCGAUUUAAAAAAUAAGUAAAUCGAGUUUUUGUGUAAUGGCGCAUUUUUGGCUCCCCGGAGCUUCCGUAGCGUUAGUUUCACAUAGCAGUAUGGCAAGCGACAACAACAACAUCAUAGCACACACGAAACAGCAACAGCAAGCGACAACAUGGCUACAGGUGAGAGUGGGAAGUUUGUUCCCAAGAAAGGAAUAAAAUCAUCUGUUGUUUGGAACGGGUAUGGGUUUGCUGCGACAGAGGUGGAGCAAGAGACCCCACGCUGCAACAUUUGCCUAAAGCCCAUCGCAGUCAAAGGCACCAGCACCACAAACCUAUUCCAACACCUGAAACAGAGACAUCCAGUCGAAUAUGAAAAAUGCCAGUCUCUCCGAGACGAACAAAACCGCAGUGACCAACAAACCUUAGCUAAAAAACAGCUAACUGUAGCCGAAUCCUUUGCACAAGGCACCGCAUAUGACAGGAAAGGGGCACGGUGGAGAACAAUCACCGAAGCGGUCGCUUUGCACAUAGCCAAAGACAUGGUACCCAUAUAUACCAUGGAGAAAACGGGGUUUAUUAAUUUGAUUAAAACCUUAGACCCCAGAUAUGAGCUACCCAGCCGCAAGUACUUCAGUGAAGUCGCCUUGCCCCAGCUGUACAACAACACACGAGAGAAAGUCAGCAGAGAACUGGAGGAGCUGUCCUUUUAUUCGGCAACAGCCGACAUGUGGUCCAGUCGGACUAUGCAACCUUAUAUGAGUUUAACGGUGCAUUUCAUUAACAAUGCAUGGGAUUUGCGGAGUAUUUCCCUCCAAAUGUCAUACUUUCCCGAUGACCACACCGGUGAACUGGUUGCCAAGGGACUGAGAGACGCUCUCGACUGCUGGAACCUGUCUGAGAAUCGUCUAUGCUGCAUGACAACUGACAGCGGCACCAACAUGAUUAAAGCCCUGAGAGUGAAUGGAUGGCCAAACCUCCAGUGCUUUGGACACAAACUACAUGACGCUAUUGGUAAGUGUAACAAUAAGUUAAAUAAAAUAUUCAAUUUUGACAGAGCACAUAUUAUCCUCAUCCAAACUGCAGUCAAGCUAGAUGACGCUCGUCUUUUCGUAAUACUACUACUACUGUCAUUUCACUAUUUCAUGCUUACAUAUUAUUAGCUGAGGUAUGAAAUGCGUAUUUGGCGUGCUGUUUCGGGAAUGGCCCGAACCUAGAGCACCCCCCCUUCCCCGUCU